GCAAUCAGAAUGCUGGAUUAUUUCCACAAUCAUAACUGACUAUAUAAUAUUUUUCUGUUGGACAUCGCAGCAACUUCAAAACUUAUUCAGAUUAUUCAGCGUACGGGACUGUUGCAUUAACGUUUGUUAUUUAUUAUGACACUGUCAUCAGUAUCUACACUGUCAUGAAGGCUAAUAAUAUAAAGAUAAUGGUGAACUUUGCUGUGGCUUGUAUUUUCAUCAAUUUGAUCAUACUAUUCUGUUAUCACCAUGGACAGAAAAUUGUCAAUCAGAACGAUAGAUUCCGUCAAAGCCUGACUGAAGUUGCAUGGAUAGACAAGCCAAAGUGGUUCAGAAGUGCAUUGUGUAUCAUGAUGGGACGAGCUAACAUUGAUAAUGAGUUGAAGCCCUAUGGUGUUUACAUAUUGAACCAUGAGUCAUUUAAAAAUAUUAUAAAAGCUGCAUUUUCGUUUGGAAAUAUAAUCUAUUCUGUCAAAUCAAAUUCAGUGUAGGCCAGAAGGCCUAAUA